AUUCAAUACCCCAAACUCAAAGGAAAAGAAACUCAAGCCAAAAGAGAAUAUCUUAAUUCACCCUCUGACCAUGGCUACCCGCACUCAAUUCGAGAACAGCAGCGACAUCGGCGUCUUCGCCAAACUCACAAACUCAUACGCGCUCGUCGCGAUUCAGGGGAGUACCAACUUCUACAGCACGUUCGAAGCAGAGCUCGCAGACGUCAUCCCCAUCGUACACACCUCCAUCGGUGGUACACGCAUCAUCGGUCGCCUAACAGCAGGCAACCGUCAUGGUCUGCUCGUCCCCGCAACAGCGACAGACCAAGAACUCCAACAUCUUCGUAAUUCACUCCCUGACGCAGUUGCAAUUCAACGAGUGGAGGAACGACUGAGUGCGUUAGGAAACGUCGUCGCGUGCAAUGAUUAUGUUGCGCUCGUACAUCCUGAUGUAGAUCGCGAAACGGAAGAAAUCAUUGCGGAUGUCCUUAAAGUCGAGGUUUUCCGUCAGACGAUCGCGGAUAACGUACUCGUUGGUUCGUAUAGUGUGCUUUCGAAUCAGGGAGCUCUCGUACACCCCAAGACAAGCAUACAAGACCAAGACGAACUUAGUAGUUUGCUACAAGUGCCGUUGGUGGCUGGUACGGUAAACCGCGGUUCAGACGUGAUCGGUGCUGGACUGGUCGUUAAUGAUUGGUGUGCAUUUACCGGACUCGAUACCACCGCAACAGAAAUCAGUGUCAUCGAAGCGGCAUUCAAAUUACAAGGACACGACUCAUCAGCUGUUAUCGGCGAGAUGCGUGACUCGCUCAUCGACAAUUGGGCAUAGCGUUUCUUAGGGACGUGGAAAUUAAAGGACUACCAGUGUACGAGUAUUGUCGAUCGAUUCUCCUUAUUGCAAUGGAUAGAGCUGCUUUCCUACUCUUUUUUUCUUUCUUCGUCGCGUACCUUUGAGCGUACUGCCACCAAGACGGGGUACUUUCCCGGAUACUUGGCUCCCAAGGUUUAACGAAUACACCGAAAUCCGCCAUUCACAUGGAUGAAAUCAAUAAUCUUU